AUGUAUCGCUACAAGAACUUCUUAUUGAAGCACGUUCGGGUUGCAAGGCGUGGGCCAGAAUCGUUGAUGACGAAGGAUAUGUGGCUCUCAAGAGCUGCAGUUCGCCUUAUGAGCGGGACGAGCGAUGCCGAUUCAGAGGUUGUCAUGAAUCGCGUUCUAGGGUUGGUGAAAAAAUACGACAAGAUCGAUGCAUCCAAGGUAAUCAUAUCGCUGUAUGAACUUCAAGCCCCGUUUUGUGCAUGUUCCGUGAUGUUCUAGCUCUGUCUGGACGAUUAGUUAUCUCUCGGAUAUUACUCUUCUGUGCUCAAAACCAUAUAAUCACAUGAAACAACACUUUUCUUUCCUCGGAGAGAACAGGUGGCGGUGAUCUGCCAGAAGUUGGUGGCCCUCCUCACAUAUCUACUUUUGCGGUUUCUCUGUCGAAUUAUUGAUCAGAUCAAACAUAAUCUGAUAUGCAUUUAGUGGCGUAUGUUGUGAAGUGAGAUCAGUAAGAUCAUGCCCAAGACUGGGCGACUGAUAUCUGGAUGAUUCAGACCCAGUAAAGAUGAUGAUCAUCUGUUUCUUCCUAUCGAUCUUCUUUCUUUAGGGCCUGCCCUCUGACGAUUCCGAUGCCUUCCAGGUGACCGAGAAGGCAGAUUUCCAGAAGGACCUCGGUUUGGACAGCCUGGACCGAGUGGAGCUCGUCAUGGCCUUCGAGCAGGAGUUCUCCGUCGAGAUCCCCGACGAGAGGGCGGACCAGCUGGUGUGCUGCUCCGACGUGGUUGACUUCAUCCUAUCCGAAGCCAGAGGCGGCCCCGGGAAGAACCCUGCAGCUUGA